UUAUUUCAAGAAUUAUUCAAAUUCAUAAAUUCACUACGAAACAAGGCUGGAGCCAACCCUGUGGAAAACCGAAAGAACUAGAAAGACGAAAAAAAAAUGUUGAAGUUCCUCUCAAAGGUAAAAAUUGAAUUCAACGCACUAGACCCACGCGUAGCCUCAUGUAUGGAGUUCUUAGCUCAAUGCAAUGCCCGCAAGGCCAAAGAAUCCAACCCUGCUUGCCAGCUUCUUGUCAAGCGCCGCACCGACGAUUUCCCACCACAGAUCACUGUCACUUUCGUCAACGGCGUCGAGGAAGCUUUCGAUGCCACUUCCACUCCUGCACAGGCCAUUAGGACCAUGAUUUUGGAAAAGGGUCAGCUUCUUGAGACCGAGCAAAUGUUUCGUGAGGCUGGAGAGAAGUGGCCUGUUAUUAUCCCUGAAGAAGAGCUCCACCAGUUUGCUCCCGGUACUAAGCCAAGGAAGGCAGAAGAGAAGAAGCAAUAAUUGUAUGUUGUCUGUUCUACUUGCUGCAUUGGAGACUCUGGAUGACCAUAAGCUCUGCCGGAGCAAAGACAGAACUUAAUUUUUUGCGAGUUAUACCCCCUUUGUAGGCCAUGAUUUGAACUAUGCUAGUGCUGCUAUCUACAUAAGUUUUAAUUCUCCAUGGAAGUGUUUCGUAUGUCUUGAUUUUGAAACAAUAUUGCUUCUUUGUUGAUGCGUACUUGUGCUUUGAUAUUGUUGCUGGAUAAAAUGCAGCAUGCUGUAUUUAUUAUCUGUGCUUGCAGACCCGCUGUGUAUUUUUCUUCAUUAUCAGUGCGAGAGUGUUUGUUUUUGCGGCUCCUUCAGCUUUUGAAGCAGUCUACAUAAAUAAACCAUUUGGUUAAUUACUAAACGUAAUUUACUAUUUGUGA